AUGGAGGACUACAAAUACCUUUUCAAGGUAGUUCUUGUGGGGAAUGCGGGCGUCGGAAAGACAUGUCUCGUCCGGAAAUUUACACAGGUUUUUGAAAAAAUUCAUACUUUUCUUAUAGUCAUUUUAGUUUCAAACAGGGGAUAGAAAGUAUAUUUUCAUGAUUAAUUAGUUGAACGUAUUUUUUUAACAUAAUUUUCUCGCAUUGAUCCCAAGCUUCUUUUUUCUUUAUUUAUCAAUUGUUAUUAUUCCAGAAUCAAUUUCAUAAGGUUUUUUCUAGGGGAUUUUUCCACCGGGACAAAGUGCGACGAUAGGCGUUGAUUUUAUGAUCAAAACGGUCAAAGUGGAAAAUGAUAAGAUCAAGGUGAGUUUUAUUUAAUUUUCCUUCUCAAAAUGAUUGUUCUAGUUACAAAUUUGGGACACAGCUGGACAAGAGAGGUUCAGAUCGAUCACUCAGAGUUAUUACAGGUAUUUUGUCCAUUUAAAGAAUUAAUUCUUAUCUUUCGUAUUUGGCACAUUUUUGCGCUUUUUUUUAAACCUUUUCUUCCAUCUCUUUCAAGUCAUUAUUAUAUUUGUGGACUGUAAAAGUUAUACGCAAAGCUACUACGUUUAAAUUUAUUUAUGUUCAAACCACGCAUGUUUAAGGCGACCGGUCGUAUUACGGUAAUAAAGCUAGGUUUUUUUGGUUAAUAAAAUUAAAACUUUUUUUACUUCUUGUACGUAACUUAACUUGUAAUCUUGUAGGUCCUUAACAAAUUGCAAAAAAAGAGAAAAAAAUAUUAAAAAAAUAAAAAAAAUUAUUGUCUUCCAAUUCAUUUGCACUAUAUUAUUGGUCUUCCACCUGUCAUAAGAAACUUCAUAAUUUCCUAUAACUCGUACUUUUAAAUUUCAAUAUUCAAAAAAAAAGAAAAAAAAACAUUAAAGUUAUUGUUCAUGAUCCAAACAGAAAUGACUGGAAUCCUACGAAAGAAAAAAGGUUUCAGAAGCGCCCACGCAAUAGUUUUGGUGUACGACGUGGCUUGCCAGCCGUCUUUCGACUGUCUUCCUGAAUGGCUGGGCGAAAUUGAGAGCUACGCAAACCGGAGAGUUCUCAAGAUCCUCGUCGGUUUGCCUUCUUCUCUGUUUUCUUCGAAAAUCUCUUCGUUCAGGGAACAAGGUCGAUAAAGGCGACGAGCGGGAAGUUCCCGAGAGGAUAGGCCUCGAUUUCUCUGAGGUAGAACUGAUUUUCCUCUUCUUUUUUGUUUUGAAAUCAGUUUGUUUAUUGGUGUCCUUUUAAGCUUAAGGUCAAGUUCGUAGGUCUAAAAGAUUUUAAUUGAAAGGUUUAGUUGUAAAAUUUUCAAUAAUGUUUCCAAUAAUUUUUUCAACCAGUUUAAUCGAUUUCAUGAGGAGGCAAAUUGUGGUUUUUUGUAACUUCAAAAUAUUAACCUUUAUUUUUCACUUGUAUUAACUUCUGGAUCGGAUCAACUUUAUUAGGUAUAACUUUAUUCAUUUAUUAACUCCAUUAGGUUUUAGGAAAUCAAGAAAAGAUUUAAUAGAAAAGUGAUACAAAUUACGGUUAAACGGGAAUCGAUGAAGAGUAAUUCAUAAUUUCUAAAUGUUUAUUUUGCUGGCAACUUAAAAGCUGAAAUCUUUUUCGAAGUUUGAAAAAAAAAACAAGAAAAAAAGUUCAAAUCAUUGCUUGAAUUUUUUUCAUGGAAGAUUUCAUAGGGCGUAACCAAUUAUAUUAGACAUAUUUUGGAAAGUAUAUUCAAUAAAUAAUAGGCUGACUAGAAUACCCAAAUAGUUCAUUGCCUUAAAAAGCUUUUUCCUUUUUAGAAAAUAAAUUUUAGAAGCUUCUUUUGUGGAUUAUUUUGUGGAAGUUAUCAAAUGCUUUCAAAAGGUGUCAUGGAUAGCAAAAAUCAAAAAAAGUUCAACCUUUGUGCUGAAUCAUUUUUUGCUUCUUUUGAUAGAUUCCUUUUGAGGUGAACAACUUCGAUUAUUUCUUGGAGACGUCGGCUUUGGAUGCGACCAAUGUAGAUCAGCUUUUCGAGCAGGUCGCCACGAGGUUGACCAACGACAUGAAGGCCACCGACGAGAGGUUUUUCAGAAUCCGGAAAGAAAUAAUAUGUUUCACCAAAAGUGGUAAAUCCAGGUUCAACCAGUACAAAAGCGAUACGUCAACGGCGAACGGAACCGGCUCGAUAAGGCUUAUCGAACGAGCCCAAAACCAAUUCAACUCUUGUUGUGGGCGACAAUAAAUUGUGUCCUUCCUGACUUUUUGAAUCUUUCUUUUUUCCGCGUUUCAGAGUCUUAGGAAUCGAAGGUCUCUUUUGUUUUUGCCUAAAUUUUUAUUCAGAGAUUUUUAUAAACAUAAAUUGUCUCCAUUCGAUGUUUCAUUGACUCUUUGUUCUCUGUUUCCCUGUGAUAUCUGUUUCGUUUUAGUAAAAAGUCCCAUGCUAGUCAUUAUAAUGUUUCCCAGUAUUUUCCAUUUUGUGUCACAUUUUAUCAACGAACUUCAUUUAUUUUCAAAGAAAAGCAUCAUUAAUUCUCCCCUGGGAUACGGUUAUGUACAUUACACACACUAGUGACAUCUUCGUUGCCUUUUCUUCUGCUCAGCUGGAUCAUGUCGCCUUUUUGCUGUCUUUGGCCUUACGUUCCCCGCCCACCCAUGGCAUUGUGAUUGCUAUUAAAACUCUAGUAUUUUGGUUGUUGGGUGUUUAUUCUGUUGUUGUUGACAGUAAAUGGUUCAGAAAUGUGGAUAUAUAGAUAUCGUGUUUCGGUCGAAAUUUUUCCCCAGUUUUUUUAUUUUUAUCCUAUCAAUUUGAUGAAAAAAAAUGAAUCAGGAAGAAUCAUGAAAUUAAGGCGGGGUUUUUUUGUUAGAGUUUUUUUGAAUGAACAUAUAUUUUUAGUGUGGAAUAUAAUUUUUUUCUCACAAUGAAAAACUUAUACUAAGAGAUCUUUCGAAAAAAAACAGCAUAAAAAAAUUUUUGUGAUCAUAAUUAAAUUAUUUUUUUCAUCAAAAGAAAGGUCUUGGAAGAGACUAUAGGUAAUUCUAUCCGCAAAAGUUUCAUUGACAGCCAAGAAAAUGAGCACGAAAGUCCGAACGAGUAGCAAUCAUAAAUUUUAGUAAAAAAAAAGAUGAUUUCGAAAAAUUGAAACAAGGUCUCCAAACAAUUUGUACGAGGUGUAGAACCUUUUUUCAAGCCCUUAGGAAUUUUGUGGACCGUGAUAUCUUCAAUUACCUCCUGAAGGCCUCAGAUAGAAGCAACAAUCGAAAUAUUUUGAGCUACACCGUAGCCAGGCUGUGUUUGUCGCUUUCUCAUUCUGUCUUGGUCAUGAACACGUUUACGAUAAAAAACGCGGCCAGGUUAGUCUUGUUGUUGUUUCUUUCUUUUUCUUUUUUUGAGUUCUGCUCACUUUUUUGGGCUUCUUUUGUUUAGAAUGGCUUCCACGAAGACGUCGUUGUACAGCCACGCCAGAACUGGCGGCUUCAGCCAGGCGGCCCCCGUCCUCCAUAACCCCUAUAAGUGAGCUUUUUCGUUCUUCGAUUCAUUCCAAAAGGUUGAGUUAUACGAGUAUCUUCCAAAAAAAUCGAAAGAGAGAAACUUUUUGAUUCGUCCACAACAGUGGGCGGAAUUCGUUAACAGUUGGGUUGUUCGAGGAAUUCAGAAAUUUAGCUUCACGGAUAAUAAAAGUGCAUAAAGAUCGUUAUUCAACUUUUUUUUUGUUGAUAUUAUGAAUACUCUUAAAGCGAAUUUUCAAUGAAAAAGGUUCUAGAAAAUAAAAAUAAAAGUCAUUUUUUCUUGUUAAUGAGAAUCGGAGACUACUAAAUCGAGUAAAUUUGAAACGUUUUAUGAAUAAACUUGUAGAAAAAGGGAUAUAUGAAAACAUUUAAACUUAUGAUAAUUUUCUAUUUCUUUUAAAACUUCUCCGAAAGUCUGAUAGGCGUUUCAAGUUUGACCUCACAAGGGCUGUGUGCGCGGUUAACAUCGAGUUAUGAAUUUCAUGGAGAAUGCGAAAAUACAUUGACAGGGCUCCCUGUGCUCUUCGGGCUCGUACUCAUACUUGGUUUCUUUUUUUCGCAGGAUUAUAAGUGAUUUUUCACUUAUAUUUUUGCUUCGAUUUCAUCUUUUUGUGAUCUCGGAAGCCAUGAACCAAUUAUCAGAACCGUAGAAUAGAAUGUAGAAGAAUUGAAAAAACAAGAGCAAAAAAAAGUCAAAAGGAAUCGAACCUAGCAUAGCGUCAGCGCCAUUCAAGAACACUGCCACUUCACCACGCUCCAUGUUGCUUGCCGAGCACUCCGAGCGCGGGGAUAUACGUGGCGGCAAAAAUUUGACGAGCUUUUUCUCGGUACCCUAUGGCGCUUAGCAGAUUUUCUCUUUUGUUUUGGAGCACUCUUCCCUAGGUCUAUCUACCAUGAAAGCCUCAAUUCAUAACUCGAUGUUCACCGCGAACACAGCCCUUGUCAAAAUUAAUUUUUUUUUUUUCUUUUUUGGUUCGGCGGAAGUUGUUCUAGUUGGUAUACCAUAUUAGGAAAAUUGAAGCGACUGUUUUAGAGACGAUCCGUUGUUGGACCGAGUGCUGCGCCGACUGUUGCCGCAGCAACAGUACGCCAAAGUUUUCUCCCAGUUUUUUCGAUAAAUAUUCUGUCGAUGAAGGUGGCGAACGACUUGGUGCGUUUCGGAGAUCGUGUCGUGAGUGAAAUCGACGCGAUGGGCAGAAAAGCUGAGGUCGAAGUUCCGCGACUCGAGCAGCACGACGCCUGGGGUCGCAGGGUUCGUUCAGGCUUCCAUCCAAAACUUGAUGAAUGAGAAAAUUCCCUCGUUUCCAUCCGUGUGAAUUUUUUCUACAAGUUUUCUCAAAAAUCGAGAAAAAGUAGUUCUUAUUAAGAAGAAAAAAUAUUUUUUUCCAGCACUUUUUUCACUUUUCUGAUUCAAAUCGGCAAUUUUUUUAAAAACAGCUUUGCAACUAUCUUUAUACAUAUCCAGAAUCUUUUUCAAGAGGAUAGCUUUCAAGAGUUUCAAAUUUUUUGAAGAAAUUUGCGAAAUAAAGUGAUUGAAUUGAAUUGAAAUCUUUAUGUUUCAAGGAUGAUAUGAGACUAAGAACGAACUAAACAGUCCAAGUGGGAAUUUCGAAACGAAACAGGUGAUUCAGGUAGACCAACUGGUGACAUGCAACGAAUGGAAGAAGUUGAAGCAGGUGUGCGCAGAGGAAGGGAUUGUAGGUAGACCUUGAGGUCUUCCUUCCAUUCACAGCGAUUUCUCGUAGGGAUCGGGUACGAAGACGAGACGGACGCCUACACGCGACGUCUUCAUCAAGUCGCCAAACUGUUCCUCUUCUCGCCGUCUGCCGGCCUUGUCACCUGUCCCAUGGCCAUGACCGACGGCGCCAUCAAGACCUUGCUCGUUCGUUCUUGAAAUUCGAUGAGAAACAAAAAUUGAACUGCAAUUAAAAGUGCUGAAAGGUGGUAAAAAGGGGGAAUUCUUGGAGAAAAGGCGUUAAAUAGGAGUGUGAUCAAUUUUUCGAUCAUAGACAUUUUUAUCUGUUCCAAGAAGCUCUCCAAAAUGACGGGAAGUCGAAAAUUUCUGUAAUAGAUAUUUAUUAAUAUCUUCAAAUUGUUUUCAUCUACCUAUAUUUCAAAAAGCUGCAUUGACUAUCUAUGGACUCUGGGUCAAAAAUUUGGUGUUUAUAUUGGAAGUAUUCCGUUUUUUAUUGGGCCCGUGUCUCUCAGGCCCUCGACCUUCACGGAAAAAACGCUCUGGCGACUGAAGCCAUCGAACGUCUUCGGUCGCGAGAUCCGGCGACGGCGUGGACUUCUGGCCAGUGGAUGACCGAGAAGAAGGGCGGGAGCGACGUCGGCGGCGGCUGCGACACCUACGCCGUGCACGUCGGCGACAACAAGUACCGUCUGCACGGCUACAAAUGGUUCAGCUCGGCGAUCGAUUCCGACGUCGCCCUCACCCUGGCACGAGUCGUCGACCCAGACGGGACCACUUUGGAGGUUUCUUUUUCAUUUUCUCAGUGUCACAAUUCUUUCUUUCGCACGCAAAACUUUUUGCAGGUGAUGUUUUGAAAGAACUGUAGCAUAGCUGAAAAAUUUCUAAUCUUGAAACAAAAAACUCCGUAUUGAAGUGAUAGAAAAAAUUUGAGUGGUUUUAGUUUGGAAACAUUUUACGAUAUCAUGGAAGAGCAGAAAGUACAAAUUGAACGCAGAUUAAACGCUAAAUUGGUAUCUGGAAAAACGAUGAAGUAUAUUUUCUGUUCAAAGACUUGAGUCGAACAUUUAUCAAUUGUGCUUUUCAGGGGUCUCGAGGACUGUCGAUGUUCCUUCUGCGGAUUCGCGACGACGACGGAAACCUCAACGGGAUCCAGAUGGUUCGACUGAAGCAAAAACUGGGAACUCGGCAGGUUUCUCAGUGAUCAGGCAGCCAAUUCCAAAGACAAAGUUGAGUUGCCGACGGCAGAAUUGCUCCUGGACGGCGCCUUGGCCGAGCGUAUUGGAGACCAGGGGCGCGGCGUCGCCAACAUCUCCAAUAUGCUCAAUAUCACGCGAAUCCACAACGCCGUCGCGUCCGUCGCCGGCAUGCGACGGUUCGCCGAAACCCCUCUGUCAGCCUUCUGAAACCUAUUUCAGUAUAAUCGCCUUGGCUCGAGACUACUCUACACGUCGCUCUGUAUUCGGACAGCCUCAGGUGAAAAAAUUUCUCAAAAGAGUUGAGAAUAAAGGUGAAAUGAAUAUUUUUUGAAUCAUCUAUAUUAAUAUCGUGCUCAAAAUAGUUCCGCCGAAUUUCAAAAUUGCCGUUAGAGAUGGAAAAAGGUACCGAAGUUUUAGAGAGAGAUAAUCUUAAUCAUCAUCAUCAUUAUAAAUUCGCGUUUCCCAGAAGUUACUUUAAAGACAUAAUUUUGUUUGACCCAAUCAACUCUUUGAGUAAUCAAAUGGUCGAAAUGAAAUUCCUCUCAUUUUUUUUUCACCAUUUUUAGUGGUAAAGAUUUUAGAAAAUUGUUCUGAAAAAGGUUUCCAAUUUUCUUCGUGUUAUCAAAAACGCUCAAUUUGAAGGCGAAAUGGCCGCUGCACACAUCGACCCUGGCCAAGAUGGAAGUGGAGACGCGCGGCUGCUUCAUGCUCCUCAUGGAAUCCGCCAGGCUACUUGGACUCUCGGUAAGGCUCCGGAAACUAUGUUCAUUCCAUGAAGUGAACAAAAAAAAAUUGUCGAACAUUCGACCGAGGUGCGAAAAUAAGUUGUGCGAGUCGUGA